GGUUUGUGUAGUCUACUCUGUUCAGUUCUCUCCUCUCCUGCUUUUGUGUAUAAACAAAUUAACUUAUAAGUAGUAAUUGUAUGAUCACUCAAUUUUUGUUUGUGAGAGCUUAAAUUGAUAAUGGGAAGGCAACCUUGCUGUGACAAAGUUGGAUUAAAGAAGGGGCCAUGGACUGCUGAAGAAGACAAAAAACUCAUAAAUUUCAUUCUCACCAACGGCCAAUGCUGCUGGAGAGCUCUCCCUAAACUCGCAGGACUAUUGAGGUGUGGAAAGAGCUGCAGAUUGAGAUGGACAAAUUAUCUUAGGCCAGACUUGAAGCGAGGACUUCUUUCAGAAUUUGAAGAGAAGAUGGUUAUUGAUCUUCAUUCCAAGCUUGGAAACAGAUGGUCAAAAAUUGCUUCUAAUCUCCCAGGAAGAACUGAUAAUGAGAUCAAGAAUCACUGGAACACCCACGUCAAGAAAAAGCUGAGAAAGAUGGGGAUUGAUCCUUUCACUCACAAGCCACUGCCCACUACCACCACCAUUCAACUGCCAGAUAAUGAACAAGCAGGUGGACCAAAGCCGACGCCGCAACAGUCUGAAGUGGCUGAUCAGGACAAGGAAGAGGCGGUGGUGGUUGAAACCCCAUUGCAGUCAACCAUUAAUGAUCAGGCUAAAGAUGGAGACAAAAGCAUACACGCUGGCUUAUUUGAUUCAAUGGAAGUCAAUAAUGAUUUCUGCAUUGAUGAAAUUCCAUUAAUUGAACCCCAUGAAAUCCUAAUUACUUGUGAAAAUUCAUCAUCUUCUCCAUCCUCCUCUUCUUCCUCCUCCUCAUCCUCCACCGACACCUCUGUCGGUGGCAGGUUUUUGUCUAAUUUGCUUGAAGAUUUGGAGUUUGCUACAACGUUCGAUUACAAUGAAAUCAUAAGCAGUAUCUGGGACGAUGAUUUCAUAAGCAGUUUGGAUUUGUAUAAUAAUUGUGAUGAUAACAGCAAUAUAAUGGUGGAACCUCCAUUAUUGUAGUUCCCUUUAAUGAUCUCAGAUGAAUAGUGUUGGAAGUCUGUUUGAUUUCUUAUAAUUUAUUUACUAAACAUGUAAUUUCUGAGUUUUCUGUAUUUACAUCUAAUAAAGGAUAAAGAUUAAACGGAGGCCAGAUUUAUCUAA